AGCGGAAGGCGGGUACCGGAAACGGUGUUUGGUGGCGGCCGCGAUGGCCGAAGCUGCGUCUGUCGCGGCUGAAUCUCUCGCGGGCAGCAGGGCGCGCGCUGCACGCACAGUACUAGGUCAGGUGGUGCUCCCGGGUGAGGAGCUGCUCCUGCCGGAACAGGAGGACGCGGAAGGCCUUGGGGGUGCGGUGGAGCGACCGUUGAGCCUGAAUGCUGGAGCGUGCUCGCGGGUGCGCGUUGUAUGCGGUCCGGGCCUUCGGCGCUGUGGGGACCGCCUGCUGGUCACCAAGUGCGGCCGCCUCCGUCACAAGGAGCCCGGCAGUGGCAGCGGCGGCGGUGUUUACUGGGUGGACUCUCAGCAGAAGCGGUAUGUUCCAGUGAAAGGAGACCAUGUGAUUGGCAUAGUGACAGCUAAAUCUGGAGAUAUAUUCAAAGUUGAUGUGGGAGGGAGUGAGCCAGCUUCUUUGUCUUACUUGUCAUUUGAAGGUGCAACUAAAAGAAACAGACCAAAUGUGCAGGUUGGAGACCUCAUCUAUGGCCAAUUUGUGGUUGCUAAUAAAGACAUGGAACCAGAGAUGGUCUGUAUUGACAGCUGUGGACGAGCCAAUGGAAUGGGUGUCAUUGGACAGGAUGGUCUGCUUUUUAAAGUGACUCUGGGCUUAAUUAGAAAGCUAUUAGCUCCAGAUUGUGAAAUCAUACAGGAAGUGGGAAAACUCUAUCCACUGGAGAUAGUAUUUGGAAUGAAUGGAAGAAUAUGGGUUAAGGCAAAAACCAUCCAGCAGACAUUAAUUUUGGCAAACAUUUUAGAAGCUUGUGAACACAUGACGUCAGAUCAAAGAAAACAGAUCUUCUCCAGAUUGGCAGAAAGUUGAUAGAGGUGGACUUUUUUACAGAGAUGGAGUCUUGCUCUGUCACCCAGGCUGGAGUGCACUGGUGAAAUCUCGGCUCACUGCAACCUUCGCCUCCCGAGUUCAAGUGAUUCUCCUGCCUCAGCCUCCCAAGUAGCUGGGACUACAGGUAUGCGCCACCACACCUGGCUAAUUUUUGUAUGUUCAGUAGAGAAGGGUUUCACCAUGUUGGCCAGGCUGGUCAUGAACUCCUGACCUCAGGUGAUCUGCCCACUUCGGUCUACCAAAGUGUUGGCAUUACGGCGUGAGCACCUGGCCACACAGCUGCAAUCUUAGGCCCAUCAUUCCACUGAGUUCCGAAGAAUAUAGCCUUUUCCUGAAGAAACUCCUUUCUUCAAUGCUUCAGGCCAGUUGUGAGUCUCUAAGUAAGUGGACAGGAUAUCAAACACUGUUAGAGAGUAAACAGAAAACACAGUGACCACAGAGGGAAAAAAAGAACGAGUAAAUGAAAUGAAAAGGAUGUUCUGUAAUAUUUCGUUCAACAAACCUAUUCUGCACCAUAUGUGGUACUAAGGUCUUGGGGGGAGAGGCAAGGACACAGGCUCUGCUUGCUCUCAAGGACCUCAGCCUACCCUGAAAGAUACAGGCCUAUGAAUGGAUAGGGUGCAACAGAAAGGAACACAGUAAAAUGGGAACACAGAAGGGCUCUGCUGUGGCCUGGGAUGGGGAAGGGCCAAGAUGCUCCUGAACUGAACCCUGAAGAUCAAACAGGAAUUCAGUGGUGAGAGGUUAAAAGCUGGGCAUUCUAAGAUGAAGGGGACAAUUUUUUUUUUUUUUUUUUUUUGAGGCAGAGUUGCACUCUCGUUGCUCAGGCUGGAGUGCUAUGGCACGAUCUCAGCUCACCGCAACCUGCACCUCCCAGAUUCAAGCAAUUCUCUUGCCUCAGCCUCCAGAUUAGCUGGGAUUACAGGCGCCUGCCACCAUGCCCUGCUAAUUUUUGUAUUUUUAGUAGAGACGGGGUUUCUCCAUGUUGGUCAGGCUGGUCUCGACCUCCCGACCUCAGGUGAUCUGCCCACCUCAGCCUCCCAAAGUGCUGGGAUUACAGGUGUGAGCCACCGUGCCCAGCUUUUUUUUUUUUAUUUUUGAGACAGAGUAUCACUCUUGUCACCCAGGCUGGAGUGCAGUGGUGUGAUCUCGGCUCACUGCAACCUCCACUUCCCAGGUUCAAGCGGUUCUCAUGCCUCAGCCUCUGGAAUAACUGGGAUUACAGGCGUGCACCACCACGCCUGACUGAUUUUUGUAUUUUAAUAGAGAUGGGGUUUCACCAUGUUGGCCAGGCUGGUUUCGAACUCCUAACCUCAGGUGAUCCGCCCACCUCAGCCUCUGAAAGUGGAUUACAGGAUUACAGGUGUGAGCCACCGCACCUGGCCAAGGGGACAAUUUCAACUAUCUUUAACAUAGUUGGUGACAAGGAAGAAAACAAAGAAUGCCUUAGUGGCCAGAAUAUAUGUCAUGACGUACAUGCAAUAAAGUCCACACACAUUAGUCACAGAGGAGACUGACUCAAAGGCCACUUAAACACAGUGCAAAGCAGCAGCACCAGAACUCUCACACCCUGGAUGGGGGCCGUGUAAGAAGUACCUUGAUUGAUGGCCAGUAUCUCUGAAUGAUAGUUUUUCCCAUUCUGGUUUCUGACCAUGUAUUCCUGGAUUGGCAAGCGUGCAGUCUUGACAGAGUAUUCCCGGGCCUUUUGAAAUGUCACCUUCUGUAAAUAUAUAGUUAAAUAUUUUUCUUAUAAAAAUUAUACAUGAGUAUAUUCUCAAUGUAAUACAGCAUUAAAAAUAAGUAGCCUAUUGUGGAAUGGAAGAAACUGCAGAUAAUGAGUUAACUGUCUCAAGAGCUUAUGUGACAAUAUCUUACUUUUUGGGGGGUCAGUUAUCCACAGUCCUCCACUCACUACCACUUAGAACCAAGAGGGAAAUAAGCAAAAGAGGCACAUCUGCUGCAGCCACAGUAGGCAUCAAAAGGCCCAAGCAGUCUAAUCAAUCAGAGCACAUUCUGAGCCCUAACUCAGUAAGACCCAAUUCUGGAUAUCUGGAAUUUCCAGCUCAUUGCCAAAAGGCAGCAUCAAAUUAGAGGAAAAGGUAGACAAGAUUGAAGACAGGUGCACCACAUGGCAUUAAGGUGUGAGAAGAGAGAGCCCAAUUAGAAGAAAGGGGCCAGGUGAAGUGCCUCACACAACACUUUGAGGCCAAGGCCAGAGGACUGCUUGAGCCCAGGAGUUCAAGACCAGCCUGAGCAACAUAGGGAGACCCUGUCUCUACAAAUAACAAAAAAAAAUUAACAGGGUGUGCUGGUGUGUGCCUGUAGUCCCAGCUACUCUGGAGGCUGAAGUUGGAUGAUCACUUGAGCCUGGGACAUAUAUCAAGGCUGCAAUGAGCUGUGACUGCACCACUGCACUCCAGCCUGGGUGACAGAGGAGACCCUGUCUCAAAAAUAAAAAUGAAAGGAAGGGCUCUGAAAACUGCAAAAAGGAGUCACAAAAAGUCCAUCAACUUGAGUCCAUUUAGUGUCGGAGUACAGAAACUGAUGUCCCUUUAUAAGAUGUUCCUCAGUCAUGAAGUCCCUCAGACUGAGUCAUGACUCAGUCAGAUUACAUUUGCUGCCUUGUAAGAAGCACAGGAAAGAUUUUCUACCUAAGACUUCAGGAUUAAAGAGAAAGGUUCAGAUUACUGGGAUAAUUAACAUGCCAAGGCUUGGAAGGGGUCUCAAUAGUGUUAACUGUAUCACUCUAACCACCCAUUCAUUAUCUGUUCUCUAUGACUUCUCCAAGAGGCCAUGUGGCCACUCAAUGGACAGCUCUUGUGACAGGGAGUUCAUGCAUCCUGGGACAACCCACUCCAGCUUCGAUAGUACCAGCUGAUAGGAAAUUCUUCUUGAUCUUGAGCAAAAUUCUGUUUUCUCUGAGACUUCCACUCAUUCAUCCUAGGUCUAUUCCCCCAAGGCCAAACCAUGCAAGUAAGAUGGCCCUUCCAAAAGAUGGCCAUUCAGAAACUUGAAGACAGUGAUCAUGCCCCUAGGAAUCCGCUGGUCUCCAGAUUGUAGCCUCAGUUCUGUCAACUCUUCUUUGACUGAAUUUCAAGUCCCUUCAUCAUUCAGGACAAGUUGAACUUGUUCCAAGCUAGUCAGUAUCAUUUUGUUUACGGUCCCAUAACUGACUGGCCAUCAUGAGUAUGGUCUAACCAGGUGGAAUAGUGUGAAGUGGACCUAGUACCUUUUCGGUGCUGACACCUGCCUCUCACUCACAUGAAACAAAAUUUUAGAUAGAACUUCCAAAAAUGUUUUAAGCGAUACAAGGACUUAUUUGAAAGGAUAAAACUCCUUUGCAUAUAUGAGCUAUAUGAUACAUUUGUUUUAUAAAAAGUCUUAUUCCUUUAUAAUCACUUUGAAGUACAGAAUUCAAAAUUAGUAGGAUGUUUGGGUGUUGCCCUAGAAGAGCUUACAAUUUAGUUUAUGUUCUUUGCACAAUGAUUAAUAAAAUGACUCUCCUUGAAGAAA